UGCAACCCUCCCCUGACUUUCCUUCAUGAUGCUUUACAUGCUAAGAAGUGUGGGCUCUCAAAUCAAUCAACAUUUAUUUCUCUCUUAGAAUGUCUACCCCUUUCUUAAACCUUGACGGGACUCCUCUUAGUGAUCCUGUUAUCGGCUAUGGUGGAACCGGGGUCGUUGUCCAACAGGAUGGCACCGCGGUUAAAAUUCCAUUAAGGUAUAUCGGUGAUAGUAACGUUGAUAUACAAGCGAACCUUAAAGUCAUCAGACAUGAAAUAAGCGUGUAUCGACGGCUACGGGGCUGUGAGGGCGUUGCACGUUGCUUUGACUUCCCUGAAACGACGCCCGCCUCGAUCGGAUCAGCUCUCAUGGUUUCGGCAAAUGGCUCAUGGCCUUGCCCACAUUCACGACCGCUGCGUUGUAGUAGCAGAUAUUGCUACGAAGAACCUCCUUCUCAGCGCCGACCUCUCCAUAAGAUUCUGUGACUUCUCCGAGUCCUCUAUUCUGCCCCUCAAUACCGAUAUGGAGCGCGUCGACGAGCGUGGCUACUCAAUUUACACAGACAUGGGCCAACUGGGUGCAGUGAUGUAUGAGGUCGUAACUGGGUACCAUUGCGAAUUUGAUCUCUUUAGGGAUCAACCGUCAGGGCCCGCCUGCGCCGCCUGGCCACGGCGGGAUAUUCUACCUUCCACCCAGGACGUCUGGCUUGGUUCCAUCAUUGAAAGGUGUUGGGUCAAGAAUGCGUUCCAGAACGCGAGAAGUCUGCUGGCUGCGCUGGAGUUGGUUACUCUGGAUUGUCCACUUGAACACGAAAAGAAGAUCUAUGAACAUUUAGGACCCCAUGCCAACGUGCUCGCAGAUUUUGAGAUAUCGCUCUUACCGGACAGGACUCUUGACAAAUACCUAUCACAAACAAAGCUAAAUCGGACCCGGCAAUUGAACUGCAUGCGGGAAGCAGCCGCUGCUGUCUCAUAUGCACAUUCAAAACGUGUACUCAUCGGCGGUUUUACUGCAAGAAACUUCCUAAUUGCGGAUGGUCAAAGGCUCAAAUUAUGUUACCUUGGGAACUCUCGUGUCGUUCCGGAACAUCUGGAUAUUGGCGAGGUCAAUGAGGACAGUCUGUCGUUCAAGCAUGACAUUGCCUGCUUCGGUUCCCUUAUCUAUAAUGUUGUUACUGGCGAGAAGUUCGAAGCCCGUAUCUGCCAGCCUUCCAACCCAGCUACAUGGUAUCAUGCGGCGAUUUCUGAAAAUGAGAACUACGCGAUUCCAGAUCGAAUGGCUGAAGCCAGGCGUAUCCAUUUUCCCAACUGGCCUUGGGACAGAGAGCUGCCCAACACAGAGGGCAUAUUCCUGGGUAAUAUUAUUCAAGAUUGCUGGGCUCUGCCUGGGUAUAUGAGGAUGGAAGAUGUCUGUAGUGCACUCUCGGAACUUUCAAAGCAAGAUCGCUCUAUGUUGACAGGGAAGAGCGGGUUUCGUGUAUUACGUCUUCCCUUUGUUCCCGUGCUUGCGGUCGCAGCUGGUUCGCUGGUAUUUAUUGCAUUCCGACGUGCAACACGUCUUUCGCUUCUUUCACUAGUGCCCAGGUCCUUUCGGUAUUUCUUAGGGUUGUGUCUGUCCAACACAGCAGGGAGUUUAGUGUCCACUUAUUUCCCCCUAUAUAGUUAAACGUAUGAAGUAUCUAGGAGGUUAUUUACGAGUCCACCCAAAAAGAACAACCUCCUGACCCAUCCCCUGGGCGUCAAUUCGUAAAGACUCUCCUUAGCUGUGCAGAGGAACAUCACAAAUACCAGCAGAACAGAGGGAGUCUAUGCAGGUCCUUUCUCAGGUUAAUUACUACAUGGAACAGCAUGAUGCGCGGUACAGUUAUGUCUUAUCCAACACUGAACUGGUACCCAUCAAAAGGCUAGAGGCGAGUGGGAAUUUACUGGUUGCACAUGCUAUACCAUGGGAAACAAAGGGACCUGAACAACUAGUGGUUCUCCUGGGACUGUGGUACCUUUGGAUGUUGAGCACAGCAGAUGAUGACUGGCAAAUUUUGUAAUUUUAUUAUGCUUGGUGUCUCCUUGAAAGUACUUUUUCUGGUAGAAUUUGGUAUAGGGCGCAAGACCCCUUUUUUGGUCUCUU